AUGCGAUCUAUACUGAAACUGGUUCUAUUGCUGGCAUCGACCGCAGCAGCAGCAGCUAUUGCCAACCCAGCUCCGUCCGCUAUAACUGCCAGGGCUGCCGCGACUGGAAACCCUUUCUCCGGCUAUCAGAUGUAUGUCAACAACUACUAUGCAUCCGAGGUUUCUGCUUCAGCAUUGCCAUCUAUGACAGGCAGUGCUGCAGCUGCGGCUAGCAAAGCAGCUGAAGUUCCGUCAUUCUACUGGUUGUAA